GCCAAACUUGUCUGAAAAUGGCGGGAUACGGAAGAACUAAAAUCACUGUGUCAACUGUCGAGAGUUAGUGAAAAAGCCGGUGGUUUACUGAAACUUUAGUGAGGUUUACUAAUUUUCCGGAUGUUUUAAUUUUUCCAUAAUUCGUCGCAGAUAUGACGACGGUGAAAAUUCACGGAGGCAUUGACAUCCUGCGACUCCCUGUCAAUGAAGAGGAACAUUUAUUUCCACCUUGGCAUUUAAAGUACACCCAAUCUCACAUACUUCAUUCAAAAUGUUCGCGAAGCGAAAAUGCCUGCGGAGACAAUGACGCCGAUUCCUGCCAGUUUUGUGUGUUUAACAGAACAUUGGACCUUCCACAUAUGCCUGACAUGGUAUUUCCAAACAACAUAUUAACCCUGAAGUAUGAGGACAAAGCUAUUAUAGAAUUCAAUGCCUUAGAUGCUCUCAAACGAGUUUCUAAUGGAAAAAUUAAUCUUCAGCUGGCCUGUGCCGAGGCUUGGAAAGAGUCGAGAUCAGAAAGUAGCGAAUAUCUGGAAGAAAAAGUAAAACCAUUUGAUUGGACAUUCACAACGGAUUACAUGGGUACCAUGAAAGGUUUCGAUGUCGUUGAGACUAGUGAAAAAAUUGAUGUUAAUAAGCUGAAACAGAAAGAAAAAAUACUGUUCUAUCAUGAUCUGACGUUAUUUGAAGAUGAGCUUCACGAUAAUGGAAUCGCUGUAUGCUCCGUGAAGAUUCGUGUGAUGCCCAGCAGUUUUUUUGUAUUGUUACGUUACUUCCUACGGGUGGACAAUGUUAUGCUGAAAAUUAACGAUACGCGACUUUUUUAUGAGUUUGGCCAGGAUUACCUUUUACGGGAAUUCACAUCCAGGGAAGACAAGGUCGCAAAUUUGCGAGUAUCACCUGUAAUAUUCACAGAACCAAAUGAAAUAGCUCAGUAUUUACCGAUAACCAAAAGUAAAUGUCACAAGCUAACUAUUUCUGAAAAAUCAAACGUUAAAGCGGAAAAUCUUGCUACACAGAUUGAAUCGACAUCAACAUUGGGCACUGUAUCCAGUACCACAACUACGUCAACAACGAAUAGUGUUUCUAUGUAAAAAAAAUAUAUUGUAAUGGUGUGAACUGUGUUGUUUGCUAUGUGAACUGACAUACAGGAAAAAUAUAGGCAAAUCUUAAUACCAGA